AAUUUUAUUUAUAAAAGUAAGAACUGAAUAAUUAUCAAUGUUAUAUUAAUUAAGUGGUUAUUAUUGAAUGUUGUAUUAAUUAACCCCCGGUGGUGCGAUUGACGUUUAAUUAACGUAAAAAUGUUUUUCAAAAUAUUUUUAUAUUUCGCUUUAAUUAUUUAUUGUAGUGCUUACAAGUGCCAAGUUACGGAUCCAGUUUGGUCUAAAACGUAUACUGUCCAGGGUACUAUUUUAAUUCCCUAUGCCGAAUUAGUAGAACCAUUUUGUGCAUGGUAUGAUGGGGUGUCCAAAGCAUCACGAAUUGAUUACUAUGGUGGUAUGGUAAAAACAUACCAACUAGCCAAGGAAAAUGAUUAUGGAGUAUCAAUAAAAAUAGCUCCAAUCACCACCGAAGAACAAUUAAAUUCAAUAACAUGUUUACAAGUGAAUGGUACUGGUGAAAAUCCAAUAACACCACAAAAUGUUUUACCGGAUUUACGUGGUUUCACAUGUGUGGGUGAAGAAAUUAUUGAUGGUAUUAAAACAGAAAAAUUACAAUUCAAACAAGAAUUUGGUAACAAAAUUAAUAAAUACACAAUGUGGUUACGAUACAAGAAAAAUAGUGAUGGUGGCUUUACCCCAAUCCCUGUACGAUAUGAAAUGAAGGGAUUUAACUCGCUGUUGGGAUCGCAUUAUGAUCAUUAUUAUUUGAAUUAUGAUUAUUUUGAUAAUAGUGAUAUUGCAUCUGAAGUAUUUGAAGUUGCAAAUAAUAUGACAUGCGUUGGAUUCCCAGGGCCUGGAGAUAAACAUAUUUACACAUUCAAUCCAAUGCGUGAAUUUAUGUUACCACAUUACGAAGGUCACGUAGAUUUUGAAUUUGAUAAAUUUAAAUCAAAACAUAAUCGACAAUAUGAAACAAAAUUAGAACAUGAAAAACGUAAAGAAAUAUUUAGACAAAAUUUACGUUUUAUACAUUCCAAAAAUCGUGCUCAAUUAGGUUACUCAUUAGGCGUAAAUCAUUUAGCUGAUCAUACCGAAUUAGAAUUAAAAGCUUUACGUGGUAAACAAUAUACUAGUGGAUAUAAUGGUGGUAAUCCGUUCCCAUAUAGUGAACUUGAUAUAAAAAAAGCUCUUGUAACUAUAUUACCUGAUCAAUUAGAUUGGAGAUUAUUUGGUGCUGUUACUCCUGUUAAAGAUCAAUCAAUCUGUGGUUCUUGUUGGUCCUUUGGUACAGUUGGUGCCAUUGAAGGUGCUUACUUCUUGAAAAAUGGUGGAAAUUUAGUUCGAUUGUCUCAACAAGCUUUAAUCGAUUGUUCAUGGGGUUAUGGAAAUAAUGGCUGUGAUGGUGGUGAAGAUUUUCGAGCUUACCAAUGGAUGUUAAAACACGGCGGCAUUCCAACAGAGGAAGAAUAUGGACCAUACUUAGGGCAAGAUGGUUAUUGCCACGCAAAUAACGUAUCUUUAGUUGCUAAAAUCACUGGUUUUGUUAAUGUUACAACUAAUAAUCAAGAUGCGUUACGUUUAGCUAUUGCUAAACAUGGUCCAAUUUCUGUUGCAAUUGAUGCAUCACAUAAAACUUUCAGUUUCUAUUCUAAUGGAUUAUACUAUGAACCAAAAUGUAAAAAUGGUCCUGAUGAAUUAGAUCAUGCUGUUUUGGCAGUGGGCUAUGGUGUAAUGAACGGUCAAUUAUAUUGGUUGGUUAAAAACAGUUGGAGUACUUAUUGGGGUAAUGAUGGAUACAUUUUAAUGUCGGCAAAGAAUAAUAAUUGUGGUGUUAUGACUGAUCCAACAUAUGUUACUAUGUAAUUGGUUUUUUGAAUUUUAAAUUCUAAUUAAGUUUAUUUUUUUAAACUCUAUAUAGCACUUAGUAAAAACUGAAUUGAAUAUUGGACUUGUUGUAAAGACUGAUCAUAGAAAUGUAAGGUUAUUUCAUAGAAAUGUAAGACGAACAAAAAAAAAAUGUAUACAGGGUUUAAAAAAAAUUUCAAUUGC